AAGGUCAAUUAUCAGUUCAAAUCCCAGCUACUGCUCUAAGCUUCAUGCUCAGAUGUUUUAGGAAGGCUGAGGGGAGGAGCCACAAGCUAAACAUCUGCACAACAUUCAAUUCAGUUUUAACUGCAGCUCAUUUACUAAUGUUUUUGGGACUGAGUGUAUGUAUGCUGAGUCAGGAGAACCUUUAUUAUUUUAUGUGUCAGAAUGUCUAGACCAAUGGUUUUACAUUUACAUACAAACUUUACAGUUUAAGAUGUUUUCUCUUUUUCUCAGGAUGAGCUGGAGGCAGCUUUACACCCACUGAAGGAGAAAGUAGAAAAUCUUGAGAAAAUCCAGCAUAUCUGUACUUCCACUGCCAAGUACAUUAAGAGUCAGGCUGAUAACACAGAGGCUCAGAUAAAGCAAGAGUUUGCUAAGCUGCACAGUUUCCUACGGAAAGAAGAGGCGGAGCGCAUCGCUAAACUCCGCCAGGAGGAGGAGCAGAAGAGCCAGACACUGCAGGAAACCAUGCAGACUAUCAACAGGAAGCUGGAAUCUCUCUCUGAGACUAUCAAGACCCUUGAGUACAAGAUGAAAACAGAGGAUGUUCCUUUCCUUCAGAGCUUCAGCCAGACCAAGACCAUGGUACAGGACACACUGCAGGAUCCUGGUGAUACUCCUGUCCCGCUGAUAGAUGUUGCUAAGCAUCUGAAUGUGCUGAAGUACCAGGUGUGGGAGAAGAUGCUGGGCAUAGUGCAGUACGUGCCGCUGUGUUUGGACCCUCUUUCUGCACAUGCCCAGCUCUCGCUGUCGGAAGAGCUGACCAGUGUGAGCUACAGCCACCGGGGUAAAGGCAUCCCUGGCAACCCGGAGCGCUUCGACCCGUAUGUGUUUGUGCUCGGGGCCGAGGGCUACGACGGCGGAACCCACAGCUGGGAGGUGGAGGUGGGCAACAAGGCGAACUGCCGCAUCGGGGUGGCCCGGGGGUCCGUGCAGAGAAAGGGCCACUUCUCUGUAUGCCCGAAGGAGGGGCUGUACACCAUUGUGUUCCGAAAACGAGAGUUCCAUGCGGGAACCUUCCCUGAGACCCGUUUGGACUUUAAGAAAAAGCCUCAGAGAAUAAAAGUGUGUUUAUCGUACGACAAAGGUGAGGUGACCUUCACUGACCCCAGUGACGGAACUGUGAUCUAUAUCUUUAAGGACACUUUCACCGAGAGGCUGUACCCUCUGUUUGGGCCAGCAAAAGACUCUGCCCCCCUGCGCAUCUGCCCCAUGACAGUAAGUGUCUCAUAUUAAAGCUGAUCUACCAAUCAGUGAACUGAUCUGACCAGGACUACAAAUUCCCCAAAUACAGACAGGAACAGACACUCACUCAUACAUACUGUUAUUUAAAAUGCAAAAAUUCAUACAAUACAGCAAAUAUUCCUUAAAUGUUUCUGCAAGUUAACGCUUGACCAAUUCUGUCUGGAGAUUCUGCUCUGCCCAUCAGAAUUAAGUUUGGUUAAAAUCUGUUGUUUCCUGGCACAGACAAAAAUGUUAUCGUGGUCCAUAUGUAACUGGGAGGGUUUAGGACUUUGAGGAGGCUGCUGCAGAAGCUUAUUGUUGGUCCACUUUAUGUUUCUCAUGGGUUUGAGGUUGCUCUUCUUCUGAAACUCCAAACUGUGUCCAAGUUUUGAGUGUUGAGCUGAUGGUUUGAGGGUCUGCUGAAGAACACUGGGGACACAUUUCUUCUUCAUGACUCCACCCACUGUAUGAAAUCCUUAUCAGUUCCACUUGCAGCAGAACAGCUCCACAGCAUGGAACUCUCACCACCAUGUUUAACAGCUGAUUACUGUAUUACAUGCUAACACUUACAGAUCGAAUUUACAUAAUGCUAGCUGAAUCAAAAGCUGAAGCUGCUAAUUGUUGAUUAAAUCUCAGAUAAUAAUAAAAAGUAUCCUGUCUGGUUCAGUUUGAAAA